AUGACAGAUAAGGCCGUAGCAGCCACCAAGGCGCCGCCGAAACAGCAAAACACGAAGCUCCUCCAGGUGAUCCAGAACUUCUUCACCAAAACCUCCCAGAUCAUCUUGCAAACGCGAUCGGUUGCGGAUCCGACGGUGUUUGACUAUGGAUCCUCCGACACCACAGACAGCAGGUCCAAGACCAACAAGUGGUUCAAUUUGAAUAUCGCGUCGCCGGGCGACGAUUGGAUCAAGGACGAGAUGAAACUCUGGAAAGAAACUGUGGCGUUGGAAGACGACACGGGCAAUUCGUGGACCGUGGCCAAGGGCGGUCUCAAGAAACAGGAGGUUGUCGUGGAGCGCUGGCUCAUUGAGUUUGACCGCUCGGUGUGCUCCGAUGCUGACUCAGACGAGCUCCCACUUAUCUACAAGCAGGCAAUUGUCUUGCUUCGUGUGAUCUACGGCUACGCCCGCCUUCUUCCCGCCUAUAAGCUCCGCAUGAUACUCUGCCAGCAGUCUGGCAAGGGUCUUGCGCUCAUGAACAAGAUCAUCGAUGGGAAGCAGCCCAUCAGCUCCAAGGGCCGCAUAGGCUUGUCCAAGUCCAUCAUUCCCCACCAGAUGCUUCUUACAGAAUCACACAUGACGCAGAAGUCGUUCGAACCCGUCAAGACCACCGCAGGCUCCCUCAGGGUGUCGGUGGCAUACAGAAACCACUAUCGGUUCACUGUCCAGGAUAACGAGGAGAUGCUCUCCAACCACUUCUGGAACACUGACCAGGAGAAGUUGGCAGCACUGCUUGACCGCUCCCACAUCUCGGACACCCCAUCUAACUCUGCAUCGGACUCCCGCUCGGCGCUGGUUUCCCAGGAGGAAGCCAAGGCGCCCAAGGAGCCCACCAACUUUGCAUUAAACACCACGAAGCAGUCCAUUCUGCCAUGCACUUCCGAGCACCAGCCGGAACAUCACACCGAUACGUCGCCCACAUCGAAAACCUCCACCAAUCGUGUCAAGCAGGUGCUGUACGCUCAGCCUGCUGCAAGCGUGCAAAGACCAAGCAUCCAGCCUUUCAAGGUUGGCUCUAUCAGCAACUCGCCUCCUAGCGGUAACAUCUCUUUUGCAUCUGGCGCUGCCGGAAGCGUCGCUGGCUCAACGAUGGAGAGGAGGAUCUCUAUCACCAGCAAUAAGUCCGGUUCGAAUGCCUCGCUCGCAGCAUUGUUGAGAAACCCAAGAGGCUCCACUUCAUCUUCGAACACACCAACCGUCGCUAUUUCCGGUUCUCAUGGUAAUAACCCUGGUGCGGUGUUCCCUAGGUCGAUCUCGUCGUCGCAUGGAUCUCAUCUACACGAUGACCUCAGCGAGUUGUCAGGAACACCCAGGUUUUCGUCAUCUUUUGGCUCUCGCCAAAGCAGAAGAUUCAGCAACACGAGUGCCCGCAGCUCUGUUGCCAACGAGCCGGGUGCUUCGCUCUACGGUGCUAGUGUGGAGCUGACUACCUCAUCGGGUGCACCCCUCAGUGGUCUCUACCUUGAUGACGACAUCAGCACCUUCGUUCGCAUGAUCGACUGUAAGUCUGAUCUCAGGUUGAGCAGCACUGUGUCGAAGACAAACUCCAGACAUACCGACAGCAACUCGCUGAUUGACGCCUUGAGCAAGUUCCAGCUGUUGAAGGGUCAGCACCAGCAAUUGAGCGACUCGGUAAAUGCUAGCGUCAUUUUCCAGCAUAACCAAGGUGGUUCGUAUCACAGCACCUCGCGAGGUAUUAGCCGUCCUAGCAGCCGCAACUCAUACGACAACCACUUACCGUCGAUCACAUCGAAGCUCGAGCUGCAUAGUCUGGAGCACAGCAUUUCCCAUUUGAGGCCAAGAAGCAGACAGGCGCUGCAAAUCAGUGCCCAAAUUCCACAAAACUAUGGCAGAACAAGGUUGGCCUCCUCGCCUACCGCAACCAGCACAUUGGCGCAUGCUGUGCACAGACCCGAGGGCCCAGAGGUUACAGGCUUAUCUACAACUCCAUCUGUGUAUGAUAGUGCCAAACGGCCAAUCAAGUACGAAGACGUCUUUGAUGACGAGGAAGAAGACGCAAGCGACUACUUCAUGAGGAGAGUGGAAUCCGACCCUACGGGCUCCCGCACGCACGAAGAAAUGGGCUUCGACAAUGACGACUUGCUUUUUGAGAUGACAGAUACAAAGUAA